CCACCAGUUCCCAAACAAAGAACGCGUGAGACACACAAACAGGAUACGUAUAGAUAGGUUAAGAAGGCCUGUCAUCUAUCUUCUCUUUCAUCACCGAUUCAUAAUUUAUUCACAAGAUACACAAAAUCCAUACGAAACGUCCAUAUUUCCGCUCUUGCACGAUUGCUUCUCGUCGGAAUCAGAUUCGCUGAAAUAUACACGAAAGACUUGAACUAGGGUUUUGACAGGGAGGGAAUUCGAAGGAUUAUUUUGGUUUUGAAUAGUAAUUAUGGCAAAGAAGAGAAAAUCUCUUGCGACGAGUCUAGACGAAGUCGAUCGGACGAUGUACUCGACGUUUUGCAGUGCCGCUAACUCUCUUUCUCAGCUUUACUCUCAGGCCCUUAGCCACCAGAAGCUUUCUUUCCUAUCUGGCGAACGUCAUGGAUUGGAAAAGCUGUAUCAAUGGAUUUCCAAGCAACAUGGGGAAGGAUUGAGAGUGACCUCUGAUGACAUACUAGCCUAUAUCCAGGCUGAGCUGGAAUCAUAUGUGGAAGAACCAUCAAUGACUCCAAGAACCCUACAAACACAACAACAACAACAACAACAACACACACAAUCUCCUUCUGCAAACCCAUUUACAAAUUCAAAUUCUGGGUCAUCUAGUGAGCAGCAACAACAACAACCAAGAAGCUACAUAUUCUCAAAUGCUCUCUCAAGCCCUGUUCGUCGUAGCCUUCAAAACUAUCACAUAUCUCAGGAAGGAUAUGCUAAGAAUACCAACAAUGAACAUCACAAUCCAUCUUCUUCAAUGGACAUGCAUCCAGACUCUUCUACUCAAUAA